CAGCAGGCCUUUGGAUUGUUUCGACGUUAAAUGGCGUGACACACUUUGGAUGGGUUGAAAUUUGACAGUAUUUAGAAGAAUACUACUUCUCUUUAGCCUCACAUUCCAUCUGGGAGUUCAGAUGGGGCUCCUGGCAGCACUGGUCACUCUGCUCUGCUUCUACGCUCCAGCGUGUGGAGCUGAGGGGUGCAACAGUUUUAGACACCUGGAGAACGGGCAGACGUUUUUCCGUUACGGUGGACUGAUGGUGAUCUUCCGCUGUCGUCCCGGCUACAAGCUCCAUGGAUACAAAACCAACAGCUGUGUGUCUGGACUCUGGUCCCGGGACACCCCAGUCUGUGUCGGCUCCGGCUGCUCCAACCCCGGGCCGCUCACCCACGGGACGAGCAGCACGAAUAAGGACGGCUCCUGGACGGUGUUCAGCUGUAAGAGUGGCUUUCGGCUUCAUGGGCCCUCAAUGUUAUACUGUAAGGGCCACACUUGGAAUAGCACUAUGCCUGUAUGCAAAGAGUCCGAUAUGAUGAGCUCGACUUCAGGUGUCCGUGUGCGAAAAACAAACAUACACCUGAACCUGCAGGCUGCCGUAGUUCUGAAGAACGAGCAACAAUCCCACUACGACACCCUCGCUAAUUCUGCCUCCAAAGAAUCAAACCUCAAAUUUAGCUUGUUGUCUCACGCGCCAUCCCAAAUGUCCAACAGUGAGAGGUUUAAAGUGACUCACCCAAAGGUCCACCUUCAGCAGCAUGAUCAGUUUCCAGAUGUUAAAGUCAAAGGUGGCGUCCAGACAACUCUUAAAGAGGCAAACGAAGCUCAAGGAGCAGAAACUGGGAGGAAUGUCUCGGAGGCAAAGGCUUCUCAGGAGGAAGCAGAAAAGUUGGCUGAAGAUGUCUCUAAAUCACAUUGGUCUACCACUCUCUCAUCUACCGUAUCAUUAGUGUCAAGAACGGAACAAAUAACAUCUUCAAUGCCACCAUCAUUUUCAACAGCCCAUUCACCAACUAUCACCGCUGUCACGAAUACUGUGACGUUUGCACCAACUUCACCCCUCCACAACACCAGCAGUGAAAAAGUGCUCAAAUUUGGAGAAUCUGUCACUUCCCAGGAUGAUGUGACUCCCUCUGAAGAAGUAACAGGCUCCUCACAAACUGUGGUUGAAGACCAACAGGAUGAAACUGGCAACCACUAUCCUCCUUUGUCUCAGCCUGAGUCUGUAGAUAAAGAGGAGCCCACAGAGACAGCUUUAUCUAUUCCUGUUGAUUUAAUAUCCACCCGUUCUUCCUCUACUUCAACACCUGCUUCCGCUGCACCCUCCUUAUCCCCCUCCAUUCCCAGCUCCACCCAGUCCAAUAUGAAAACUGAAGUUUCUUCAAACACCUCCACCGCCACUGAGCCGAGAUCUUAUCCGACCGAAUACCGCAACGCCACCUCCAAACCACCUCUGCUGUCUCUCAGCCUCAGCAGACGACCCGUGUGCAUGUACCCGCCUGUGCCCGCUCACGGGACCUUUUACUUUCGCAAUGUAGAGAAUCCAGGUCCCAGAGAGUACAGACAUUACAUCCAGUAUGCCUGCUACCCUGGUUACACGCUGGCUCAUGGAGACAUACACAGCUACUGCCAGCAGCGGGGCGUCUGGAGCGGAACCACACCUGUUUGUCUGGAGUUGACACCAUGUUCAGUAAACAACGGUGGCUGUUCCCAGCUGUGCGCUCACUCCCAGCACUACAACCAAAGCUCCAACGAGGCCAAGACCAGAACUCAGUGCACCUGCAAAACUGGAUUCACCCUUCUGGAGGACGGGCGGACGUGUCGAGAUUUAGAUGAGUGUGUGAAAGGGAAGCACCAGUGUCAGCAGAGAUGCAUCAACACAUUUGGUUCCUUUAAGUGCAGCUGUGAUGACGGCUAUCAACCAGCUCGUGACCAGACCUCCUGCACAGAUGUGGAUGAGUGCCUGCUGCCUGCAGCUGUAGCAGGCUGUGUGUUUGGCUGUGUUAACACUCCUGGGAGCUUCCACUGCCAGUGUCCUGCUGGAUACAGCCUUCUGACUGCAGAGAGCCACUGCCAAGAUAUCGAUGAGUGUGCUGUUAAUCAGGGGCUCGGGCCGUGUACGGAGCAGUGCCACAACUCCCCAGGAUCGUACCGAUGCUCCUGCUCGUAUGGGCACCUCUUAGCCGGAGACGGACACAGCUGUAUCGCUGAGUGUCCAACGGGGUACAGGAAGCAACCACCAACAACAACGCCUGAGAAUUCAACUGCACAAGCUCUUAGGGAGGAGUGUGUAGAUAUAAACGAGUGCCAGGAGGAAACGUGUGAGUGGCAGUGUAUCAACCUGCCAGGCUCUCACCGCUGCAUCUGCCCCAAAGGAUACACACUGAACAGAGAUGGGCAACGCUGCAAAGACAUUAAUGAGUGCAGUCAGAAGAAUGGAGGCUGUUCCCACCUGUGUGUGAACCAAAAAGGUGGCUAUAAAUGUGCCUGUCCAUCCUCCCAUCGGCUCUCCUCCUACAGCUGGAAAAAAUGUGUACCAAGGACAACAGCGAACACUGCCGGCUGAGCUGGACGGCACCUCAGUGAGACAGAGAGACAUCCUGCUGGAGUCUGUUUCUUAUUGUUAGUAAGUAUCACUUAGUUUGACUGACAUUGGCCUCAUCCUCAGACCGGGGUCUUCACACCCCAAAUAAACAUUGGACCCAUGAAACUGGCUUUUGAUGAGAACUCCCAGUGAAUGGUUCAAUAAUAAAUAUAUGAGCUG